CCUAGCUUCAACUCAUCAUUCAAGAAUCACACACGCAAUUAAGCAGAAGCUGAAAAGCAGCUUCUGAAUUCUGCAGCUUAUUUGGUUGAAGGGCUGAUCAUCAGCAGGUCCCAAUGAGGGUUCAAUAUUCCCUUAGUCGUCGAGGUUUCUUCUUGUUAUCUUUAUUGCUAUUGGCAGUGAGCUUCUGCAGUGGAGAUGACAAGACAUUCGAGGUUGUCGGGACUGGCGAAUGUGCUGAUUGCAAGGAGAACAAUUUUAAGACUAGUCACGCCGUUUCAGGGUUGCAUGUAACCAUCGACUGCAAGCUCCAGACUGGAGAGAUCAAAAGGGUUGGAGAUGGCGAGCUAGACGAAGAAGGCAAAUUCAAGAUUCCUCUCCCACAUGAGAUCAUCCAGGACGAGCAAAAACUCAAGCACGAGUGCUAUGCGCAGCUCCACAGUGCGGCUGCCGUCCCCUGCCCCGCCCACAAUGGCUUGGAUGCCUCCAAGAUCGUGUUCAAGGACAAAAACACCUUUGGCCCGGCUAAGAACUUGCAAUUUUCAACCGCAUUAUGCACUUCAAAAUUCCUGUGGCCUUAUUUCAAGUACCCUCCUCUCCCAAAAACCCAUCCUUGGAAGAAGAAAUUCCCAAAAAUCAACUUCCCACCUCUCAAGAACUUUGGCCACCCUUGGCUUCACCAUCCAUUUCCACCACUCUACAAGCCUAAGCCACUUCCUCCACCAAUUCCCAUAUACAAGCCGCCAGUUGUCAAGCCGCUUCCUCCACCUGUCCCCAUUUACAAGCCCAAGCCACCAGUAGUCAAGCCGCUUCCUCCACCUGUCCCCAUUUACAAGCCCAAGCCACCAGUAGUCAAGCCACUCCCUCCACCUGUUCCCAUUUACAAGCCGAAGCCAAAGCCGCCAAUUGUUAAGCCACUUCCUCCACCUGUUCCUAUUUACAAGCCCAAGCCAAAGCCGCCAGUAGUUAAGCCACUCCCUCCACCCGUUCCCAUUUAUAAGCCGAAGCCAAAGCCACCAGUAGUCAAGCCACUUCCUCCACCUAUCCCAAUUUACAAGCCUAAACCCAAGCCGCUUCCUCCACCAGUUCCAAUCUACAAGCCGCCAGUGGUGACUAAGCCACUGCCACCCCCAAUUCCACUAUAUCCAAUCCCACCCAUUUUCCACAAGAAACCUUGUCCUCCACUCCCUAAGCUUCCACCUUUCCCCAAGAUCCCUCCAAAGUACUUCCACCACCCCAAGUUUGGCUUCCCACCACUCCCACCUUCCAUCCCUCACCCAUGGCCAUGAGCCAACAGAUGCAAUCAUCUCUGUCGUUUUAUCUAUUUAUGAUUUGCUAUUGCCAGAAUAAAAAAAAUUUAUUUUAUUUUUCUAAUUUUAAGACAGAGAGCCAUUGGGCAAAGAAGAUGAAAAAGAAAAAGGUGUGAAAGAGAAUUAAUGUGAGUGAGAAUAGGAAAAAUGGAUAGUAUGUUUAUUUGCUUAUAUGUUGUAUGGGUUAUUUGUUUGUGUCGAUUGAGUGGAAAUUCUUCAGAUGUUUUGUAUA